UUUUAAUCAUCUGUUUCUGAAGGUCACUGAAGAGGCAAAUUAUCAAGUGCUCGUUUGAGCCACUUUUAGCGUUGAAGGCUAUAAUACCUUCUUUGGCCAACAGACUGCCUUACUCCAGUUGUUGUCAAUCAAAAAUAAUCUAAUAAUUUUCUUGUGAUGGACAAUGAAGAGUUUUAUGAUCAAAAACAAAAUAUGGAACGAAUUGCUGAAGUUGAAAAGCUAUUCGGGUUUCCAUCUAAUAAACUAGUGACUUCAAAUCGUGUAUUAAUUGGAGAAGGUGUUUUGACAAAGAUAUGUAGAAGAAAACCUAAACUGAGGCAUUUUUUCUUAUUUAAUGAUGUGUUAAUGUAUGGAAAGAUUCUUGUAAAUAGAAAAGUUCUUCGUAAUCCACAAUUCAUAGAUCUCUCUGAGUCCUCUAUUAAAAAUGUUGUGGACAAUGGGAUCUACCGGAAUGGAUUUUCAAUUCUUAGUCCAAAAAAGUCUUUCACUGUUUAUGCAAGCACUGCUGAAGAGAAAACACAAUGGAUGGUUCAUUUGAAGAAAUGUAUCUCAUGUUCUCUUUCUUCUACUGUACAAAAUGAUUCAGUUGCGAAAUCCCCAAUAUGGAUUCCAGAUUCCGAAGCAUCUCAUUGUAUGGUAUGCGGUACUAAAGAAUUCAAUAUUGUUCAUCGAAGAAAACUAGUGACUUCAAAUCGUGUAUUAAUUGGAGAAGGUGUUUUGACAAAGAUAUGUAGAAGAAAACCUAAACUGAGACAUUUUUUCUUAUUUAAUGAUGUAUUAAUGUAUGGAAAGAUUCUUGUAAAUAGAAAAGUUCUUCGUAAUCCACAAUUCAUAGAUCUCUCUGAGUCCUCUAUUAAAAAUGUUGUGGACAAUGGGAUCUACCGGAAUGGAUUUUCAAUUCUUAGUCCAAAAAAGUCUUUCACUGUUUAUGCAAGCACUGCUGAAGAGAAAACACAAUGGAUGGUUCAUUUGAAGAAAUGUAUCUCAUGUUCUCUUUCUUCUACUGUACAAAAUGAUUCAGUUGCGAAAUCCCCAAUAUGGAUUCCAGAUUCCGAAGCAUCUCAUUGUAUGGUAUGCGGUACUAAAGAAUUCAAUAUUGUUCAUCGAAGACAUCAUUGCCGACAUUGUGGCAAAGUUGUUUGUGAUAAAUGCUCCGCUUAUCGUUGUAUCCUUCCGUAUCAAGGUUCAUCACGUGUACGUGUUUGUUCAUUGUGUCAUACAGAUUUAUCGACUGGAAGAAACAGUUUAGUCAGUUCUGAUGAUCAACAACAACAACAGCAACCACAACAACAACAAUCUGUUGAUUCGUCGUCUUGUUCAAUGAACAGUCAAUUAGAUAGUACAGUUGAUGUUGGUACAGUGGAGGACAAUGGUACCUUUAUGCCAACUUAUCUGGGUGACGUCGAUAUGAAUAAUGAUGAAAUAAGCACUGAAAGUGAUACAGAUUCAGAUAAUAUUGAGGAGUACAAAGUUGAUAAAUUCAUUUCUAGUUGA